CCUUCAAGCGAAUAAAUCGCAAAACAUUGGAAUAUUCUAUACUAUCAAUAUAAGACUAUCAAUUUUCAGCUAUAAAUUCUUCUUUUUUAUCUGAUAUCACAUGUUUGAAAAUUGAUUUGUAUCACUAGCCAUCAGUGAUACUUCGAACUAGAAUAGUAGUCUUUUGAUUUUGGAUUCAACUUAAAAGGCAGAAUAAUGGCUGGAGCCGAAAAUGUCGAUGCUUCAAAGCUAACUGGGAUAAGCAAAAUUUUCAAUGGACAAACUAUGCGAGGAAGGGCAAAUGUGGCUUUAGCUACUUAUGUCAGUGUUGGACUUAUUAUUAGUUACUUCACUCUAAAACCAAAAAAACCGAAACAACCAAAAUCCUAAUAAAUCGAUAGUUUAAGUAGCAUUUGUUUGUUAUUUUUAAGUAUCAAUCAAUAAAUUUUAAAACCAAAUGAA